UUUUACACAGAAACCACUCUCUGGUGUCAGUGUACCAUGGGGACGAGGGAAAAGUUUCUGGUUGUCGUGUCGCUUCUUGAAGGGAGAAAAUUUCCCAAAAGGUCUCGUCAUCAGUUACUGAUAGAGAUUCGCUUUGAUGGGGAGCUCCUGGCCACCGACCCAGUGGCCCACACAGAAACACCUGAACUAUGCACAGAGUUGGCAUGGGAGGUGGACAAGAAAGCCUUGCACCAGCACCGCUUGCAGCGUACCCCACUCAAGCUGGUCUGCUAUGCCCUGGACACGACCACAAACGCCCGGGAGAAUGUGGGCUACGUCAUGCUGGACCUCAGGACAGCAAUCUUCCAAGAAGCCUCGCCGGCCAAAGUUCCCGUGACAAGCAAGUGGCAUGCCCUGCUGAACACCAAGUACAAUAGGCACAAGCCUCAGCUGAGGGUGGGCGUGUCUUUGGAGGCGGACACACAGGCCAAGGACGAUAGCUUCAGGGCCAAGGCUGCCCCUCCCAGGAAGGCCCCAGGCAUGCCAGACGAUGGUACCUCUGAUGCUGAGAUAGAUCCCAGUUCCCUCAAGCCCGUGCUGAACGAAACAGAGGGCUUCUAUCAAAUCGGUCCAGCCGACCGAUGCACUGAGAGCUUUGUGCUGUCUGUCACCAUUGGCUAUGCUGCAAAUCUAGCUCAGCUGGUGCCUUCCAACAUUCCUCUACCAUCCAGAGACAAGGGUUUUUACUUUUACUACUCCCUCUUUGGCAACGACGUCACCAAUGAGCCAUUUCACGACCUCCUGAAUGCCAGCUUUCCUGCUGAGAGGGCAUCAGUGCGACUCCGCAGCAGCGUGGCAGCGCUCAGGAUGAUGCUGGCUCAGGCACCAGCGCUCACGGUGCAUCUGUGCUGCGGUGAGCAGUCCCUUGGCAGCACUCUGGUCCCCUGGAACUCCCUGCUGCAGUCCCACAGCGACGCCAUCAACAGGCAGCCGCUCAUCCUGCAGGGGUCCUUCCGUCUCACGCCUCCCCCACGAUCCCAGUUGCCAGCGGCGUCUACGGAGGGUAGCACUGCCUGCGUCGGAGUGUCUGUCGCUUUGAGGAGGGAGGAGAUACCACUGCAGCCAGAGGUGCCGUCCUCUCAACCAACAUCAGCUCCAUCCAGGAUACCUCCCCGUACACCCCCUACUGUCACCCCUCCCAAGCGUGUCGUUGAGGGGCAGGGCAAGCCCGCUGAAGAGGGGCCCAAGUGCCUAAACUCACCAGCGGCUGGCAGCCAGGAGGACAGCUACACUGAGCCCACCGACACCAGCAGGACGGACGCAGAUGCUGCCAGCAUCCCUGAGGAGGAGAUCAAGAGAGCUGACAAAAAAGUUGGAUCCAGGCAACCAGAAGUCAGAACAGAUCCACACAGGGAGCCACAACCCACAACACAAUCUACUAAGCAUCCCACAACCCAACCAGUGAGAGAUGACGCCUCUGUCUCCACCAGCCAGCCCCAUGUUAUGGUAGAUGCCCCUGCACACCACUUCUCCAUAUCCAUUGACCUUCGCAGUAUUAAGAAUGUUGAAACAGCUACAAAUUUGAAUAUUUAUUUAAGAUACCUGUACCCAUUUUUCGGGAGUGUCUCCCCCAUCAUGACCCACCCACCCAUCGAGGUGCGGCGCCACACCGAGGUCCUGCUGCCCCACUCCUACUGCUCUUUCAACCUGGCUGCCACUGCCCAGCAGCUCCAGGAGACGCUGCUCAGGGUGCCGUUGCUGGUAGAAGUUUGGCACAGGGACAAGAUGACGAAAGACCAGCUGCUUGGUGUAGCCAGGGUCCCACUCAGUGGGGUGCUUGGGGCCGAGAAAGCCAGAAUAGCUAGUCCACACUCAGGAGGGGCAGAAGGCACAAGGCAAAUACACAGCGAGAGGGUGACGGCCGAGACCGCCUCCGACGGCAAGCCUAAUAGGUUGGCUGAGAUGUAUGUGGUGUUGGGAUUGGAGGACUAUGGACCAAUCAGGGCCCAGCAGGUCAUCUUGGGAUCAGAGUUGACGUCAAGCAGCUCUGCAGCCCCAGCCCCCCAGCCCCGCCACGGCCUUCCUCCGCCUCCCCCUCCUGCCCAUCCUCCGCCCCCAGCUCAGCAGGCCCCUCCCUCCGACCCCAGGCAGACAGCUGAGUACAAGGCAGCCCUGGAGCUGGAGAUGUGGAAGGAACAGCAAGUACGGGAAUUUGAGAACCAGCUCCAGGAGAAGGAACUCCAGCACCUGAAAUCCUUGACCGAGGAAUGGAAGAGAAAGGAUAGGGAGAGGGAGACACUCAUUGAGAAAAAGCUGAAGGAGCACUCUCACCUAGAGGGUCAGCUGCGCACUGCCCUCACCGACAUCGAGAAGCGAGAACGCCAGCUGGCAGCCAACGAGGCAGAGGUGAUGCGUCUUCGUGGCGACCUGCAGCGGGAGCAAGAGAGGCAGCUGACAGAGAUGAGGGAGGUGUCCCGCCGCAUGAAGGAGGACCACAUCGCCCAGAUGGAGAUUGAAAAGUCCAAGGUCCGGCUGCUUGAGGAGGAGAAGCAACACCUGUCCCAGCUCCUGGGUCAGGCCCAAGCCCAGCUGCAGGAGAAAGACCGAGAGUUCCAGUCCUUCAAGGACCAGCUGGCGACCAAGCCGGAGGUCCGACUCCAGUCCGAUCUCAGUCUGCUCCAACUGGAGAAGGUUGAGCUUGAAAGGAAGCUGGAGUCAGUGAGCAAGUCCAAGGUGCACUACAAGCAACAGUGGGGGCGAGCCCUCAAGGAGUUGGCCCGCCUCAAGCAACGGGAGCAGUCGGAGGCCAAGGCUCGGCUGAAGAGGGAACAGCAGGAGCUGGAGCACAUGAGGCUGAGGUACCUGGCAGCUGAGGAGAAAGAGGUGGUAAAGUCGGAGAGGCAGCAACUGGAUGAGAUCAAGGGGGAGCUCAACAGAUUGAAACAGCAAGAGCUUGACAAGGAGCAAAAAGCACAGCACCAGCAGACACCACCACCACCACCCCAAGACCACAAGGAGAAUACUAAACCCCCUGGAUCUGGGGCCUUGGACGCAGGGGUAGAGGCACAUGUAGCUAGGCUCAUUGAGGAGCGGGACACGCUGCUGAGAACCGGGGUGUACACCCACCAGGAUCGGAUCAUCAGCGAGCUGGACAGGCAGAUCAGAGAUUCCAUAGCCAGAGGGCAUGCUGUCUGAUUAGGCCAUGUCUUCCAAAUCUAGGCAUUGUCUCUGGCGUGGCUUUGCCCUACCCUCCAGAUUCAUUCUUUGCACAGUUUCUCUCCUGUUGGAAACACGCAAAGCUGUACAUUUAAAAAUAAUUUGAUGUUUGGAAGAAAAUUGAGAUGUUGUGAGCGAGAGGAUCAGAUUUCAUGUAACUCCAGAAUAAAUCCAAAGCCAGAGAGGAAACUGACGUUUGGGCAAUUCCUUGGCAUCAGUUGGUUGCUUGUAUUAGAAGUUGGGGUACCAGAUGCAAAUCAUGUGUCCCCAAGCAAGACACUUUACUUUGAUGAGCUUAAAAUGUGUUUCAAGCUGUGCCAUUUCAUGGCAUAAACUUCCAACUUCACUUCCCAUUAGAAAUCAAAAUUUCUGUCAUGCGAUCUUUGCCUAAGAAACUGGAGACUCUACUAGUGUUCACAGAUUGACAAAGGAAAUCGAAACGCAACAUGGCAGUUGGGAAUACUUUUGUAACAAAGAGCUAGUUUUCUUAAGGAUCAUUGAUUAUUGAAUCAGGAAUCAAUGACAUAGCAAUUGGUUUAUGAUGUCCUAUGUGCCUUUGUACCAGAGUAAAUAUCCUCAGUCAAAUGACAGUAAAUUCUCAUUAAAGUUUAGGCUCACUAGGGACGUGAUAUACUUCCGUAGGUCUCUCCCGGAGUAGGCAAGUAUUCUAUUCCAACUGCAUAUCAUGUAUUGUGGUCAAGCUGUGGCUAACUAGUAGAGGUUGAGAACUUUUUUAUCAAACUUUCCCCAAGUGGGGAAAAUAACGUGUAGAAUGAACCAUCAAGCGUCAUGCUGCUAAGACCAUAGCUGUAAGUGUUGGCUGUGCUCACAGUCUACCAUCAUGGUGCUCAUCAUGGAAGACUGAUUUAGCCCAUGGAUGUGGCUAUGGUCCUGGCUUUGGCAUCAUAGUGCUCAUCAUGGAAGACUGAUUUAGCCCAUGGAUGUGGCUAUGGUCCUGGCUUUGGCAUCAUGCUGCUCAUGUGAGACCAAUUUGCCCUAUGGUCUCGGCUGUGCUCCUAGCUGUGAGGUAUAGAAUGAAUCACCCAGCGUCAUGCUCCUAAAUUGCCAAAACCAUGGUGUAAACUUAACACCUUUAGAAUAUCUGUUGAAAAAUACCAGUCCAAUGUUCUAUGUGGCUACCAAUGGUGUUAAUGAAUCCAGUUUAACAGUACAUGUACAGGUUUUGCAGUGUUAUUGAAGACCAAUAGCCGUUUAUACGGCUAAGUUUUUAGUUUGCUCGUGGCAUUAGGGUACUGAGUAUUUGAAAGUAUUUGGGGGGGCAUGUAGAUAUAUGCCCAUUGACAGUGUUUUUAUGUUCGAUAGAUGUGAGAUGGCUUAAUCCUUGAAGCCAAUUGCUUCACAGAAAUGAGUAUGAGUUAUAUGACAUCAAUAAUUGAUCAAUUUGUUAUAUUUAUUACCCAAAUGAAUUCUCGUGUUUGACUUUGGCUGCAGCCUUCAAAGGCAGACAUUGCUCAGAUCCCACUGAAUCAGAACAAUGAAUACCUACAUUUUGAAGGAAAAAAUAGAUAAUUAAUUACAGUAUCGGUGAAUUGAUCCAGGGAUGGCAUGUGAAAAGUUUUGUUUGUCAAGUGUAAACAAAACUAACAAAUAGAAAAGGAAGAUUCUCAUGCUAUUUUUAUCGUUUUAAAUGCAUUUUCAUCCACUGUACCAUUUGAAAUGUGUAAAUAACGCUAGCAGACUGGUUAUUAAAUACUGUCUGGAACUGACAGCCUAAAUAA